AUGGCAUCCGCCUCAAGCGACCAAACUACUGGCAGUUCUGGUGUUGCGCAGAGCGAUCCACAAACUCCAGGUCAUCGCAUCCGGCCUCAACCACGGAAACCAAAAGUGAAGCUCGUACUCCAUUAUGAGCAAAGAUGUCCAACAAUUCCCUCAAAGCUUGAACCUUGCACUAGACUUGAAAUUCGCGAACUUGAAGCUGGAGCUCAGGAACAAGAACGAGUCUUCAUAUACUUCCCUAAGAUUCCCAUGGAACUUCAACUCGAAAUUGUAUGUGAUCCAUGAUCUUGUCUACCAUAUCGUCAGAUUGCUAAUACAGAGGAUCAUACAGUGGAAACUUGCUUCAUUCCUUGAACCGCCUCGCACAUAUAUCCUCAAUGCCAUUGAACUUCCGCGCAUAGAGUACAAGACAGUUUCCAUCGGUAUCUGCGGCUCGCAACUCAAAUUUCACUCUCGGAACGAGAUCUUCAAGCCACCAGCUUUGCUCCAUGUCAAUAAAGCAGCAAGAAUGGUGGCGAAGAAGACCCUCACGAUUCUGUUUCCUGUCAACAAGUUCCAGCAAACGCCUGUUUACUUCAACCCAAAGAUCGAUACAAUUAGACUAAACUGGAGUGCCCACACACGGCGUCACCCCCUUGAGCAACUACCAGAACGCAGACGCAGAAAAUACUUCGACAUAGAGCUAUCGAGCGAACUCUGUUCCGUUAUACAAUCAAUGGACCUUGUUACCAACUUUUGUGGGUCUUCGCCUGGGAGUUCCGAAAAGUGGUGGUUCCGUCAAUUUAUGGCUCCACAAAAUAUGCUGACACUUAUGAUCGAUCGGAAACAGCCCAAAGUCGCUCUAUCUCGCACCUUCAUGAGUUUGAAAAGCUUAAAUAUGAUCAUUCCUUCUGCAAGAUUCGUCGGUCUGGAAGAUGUCUUUAGAGAAGUUCAACGACCUGAAGGACGGAAUGCUUUCUGGGGUGUAUUGGAGUCAGCGGUGGAGCUCGGAUUUGCUCUUGAGGGUGAAGAUAUACGAAGGCCAGAUUUGAAAAUCGGCGUGGAAACUAGGCUGGAUGGCUGCAGGCGUACCGCAAGGAUGUUUUCUUUUAACCGAGAAUUUGCUCGUAUUAUACAUCCAAAUGGGCGCUUUCUUGAGAUGCCUAUAAUGGACCUUCCUUAUCACUAA